AUAUGCCCUGUAUGUAUCUGUAGACUUUGGGAGCACUUAUAAUAUUACUUUUACCGUCUGGGAACAUGCUUAAUGGGGUCUGAAAUAGUAUUUCUGAAAACUUUUAGUGAUUACUUUCAGACAACACUCUCCAUAAGUCUCCCUACAGCCACUCUAAGAAGUAACGAAAGUCUCCUCUCCAGCCUAGUUAGAUCCCUCGCAGUGCUUCUGGAUUUGUGGGGGUGGGACCACCAGCUGGAACCCUAGCUAGACCUCUGAGAACUACAUUUCCUAGAGGACAGUGCACCGAGAGGCAGUAUGUCUAAGCCAAUGAAAACCCAGGGUAAAGACAUUCCUGCGCAUGCGCUUCUCAUCGGGGAGGGACUUCCGGCCGCCUCCUCGUGGCGGCCAUUUUAAUCGCUCUGGAUUUGUUCUAGUUCCAGAGCGCUCCGUGGGGGCUGAGAUGACUGAACUAAGGAGUUCCGAGUGGAGGUGUCCCCGUUGCACAGAGGCGGGUCUGAAGUUCGGCGACACCGCCCGAGGUGUCCCGCGUCAGACCCUGGAUAAGGCCGGCCGUGGCUGGGUCCCCUCUGUUCUCCCGCCGCUACCGGCCCAGCUCCACCCGCAGAGUCUGAAUGCGGUGGCGGCGCUAAGGGACCCGCCUCAGGGCAGUGUGACUUUGGAGGAUGUGGCUGUGUACUUCUCCUGGGAGGAAUGGAGUCUCCUUGAUAAGGCUCAGAGACACCUGUACCAUGAUGUGAUGCUGGAGAUCUUUACACUUAUAUCCUCACUGGGUUGUUUGUGUGGUGUAGAGAAUGACAAGGCUCCUUCAGGACAGAGAGUUUCUCAGGAAAGAAUGCCACAAAUCAGGACUCUAAAGCCAGAUCCGUCAACCCAGAAAGCUCAUCUCUGUGAGAUGUGUGUUCCUGUCAUGAAGGACGUUUUGUACCUGGCUGAGCAUCAAGGAACAUAUACUGGGCAGAAAUCGUGUAUAUGUGUAGCAUGUGCGGAACAAUUCUGUUUCAGGGCAGAUCUUGACCAACACCAGAAGGAGCACAGUGGGGAAAAACCCUGCAGCAAGGGUAUGAACAGGACCUCCUUUGUGAAGAGCUAUGGAAUCUAUUUGUCAGGGAAGCCUUUCACCUGUGGGGAGGGUGGAAAGGACACUGUGGGCCUUUUCCAGUACCAGGCCACUCCCAAAGCAGUACUGAAAAUACACAGCAGUACUGGCUGUGAGGAGGCCUUUCACUGUGGAAAAAGUCCUUACAAGUGUGAAUGUGGGAAAGCCUUCCGCUGCAAACGUACACUUGUUCAGCACCAAAGAAUUCACUCUGGAGGACUGUAUGAGUGCAGUGAAUGUGGGAAAACCUUCACUUACAAGCACACAUUUCUUCGGCACAAGACGCUUCAUACUGGAGAAAGGCCUUUUGAAUGCAGUGAAUGUGGGAAGGCCUUCAGGUUCAAAUAUAAACUUGUUCAGCACCAGCGUAUUCACACUGGAGAAAAGCCUUAUGAGUGUGCCGAAUGUGGGAAAGCUUUUGGCUGCAAAUCCAAACUUCUUCGGCACCAGAGAAUUCACACUGGAGCAAAGCCUUAUGAGUGUACUGAAUGUGGCAGACUCUUUAGACAAAGUUCCAGUCUUGUUCAGCAUCAGAGAAUUCACACAGGAGCAAGGCCUUAUGAAUGUGGUGAAUGUGAGAAAUCUUUUAGCCAAAGCUCCAGCCUCAUUCAGCACCGCAGAAUUCACACGGGAGAAAGGCCAUAUGAGUGCAGUGAAUGUGGGAAAUCCUUUAGCCAAAGCUCCAGCCUCAUUCAACAUCGAAGAGUUCAUACAGGAGCAAGGCCUUAUGAGUGCAGGGAAUGUGGGAAAUCCUUUAGCCAAAGCUUCAGCCUCAUUCUACAUCAGAGAAUUCACACUGGAGAAAGACCUUAUGAAUGCAGUGAAUGUGGAAAAUCUUUUAGCCAAAACUACAAUACACUUGUCCAGCACCAGAGAAUCCAUACUGGAGAAAAGCCUUAUGAGUGCAAUGAAUGUGGGAAAGCAUUCAGCCGCAAAGCCACACUUGUCCAGCACCAGAGAAUCCACACAGGAGAAAGGCCUUAUGAGUGCAGUGAAUGUGGAAAAGCCUUUAGCCGCAAGGACAACCUUACUCAGCACAAAAGAAUUCACACUGGAGAAAUGCCUUAUAAGUGUGGCGAAUGUGGCAAAUACUUCAGCCAUCACUCCAACCUAAUUGUACACCAGAGAGUUCACAAUGGAGCAAGGCCUUAUAAGUGCCACGAUUGUGGGAAAGUCUUCAGACACAAAUCCACACUUGUUCAGCAUGAGAGUAUCCACACUGGAGAAAAUCCUUAUGUUUGCAGUGAAUGUGGGAAAUCCUUUGGCCACAAAUAUACCCUUAUUAAACACCAGAGAAUUCAUACUGAGGCAAGGCCUUUUGAGUGCACUGAAUGUGGGAAAUUCUUUAGUCGAAGCUCUGACUUUAUUGCACACCAGAGAGUUCACACAGGUGAAAGGCCUUUUGUGUGCAGCAAAUGUGGGAAAGAUUUCAUCAGAACCUCCCACCUUGUUCGGCACCAAAAAGUUCACACUGGAGAAAGGCCAUAUGAAUGCAAUGAAUGUGGGAAAUCGUAUAGCUUAAGCUCCCAUCUCAUUAGGCACCAGAAAGUUCACACUGCCGGAAGGCUGUAGGAGUGCGUCCAACACAACAGAACUCAUGGCGAGGAGCUCUGUGUCUGCCUUUAGAGAGGGAGACAUCAAUCAUGUGUCAAACCACAUAUAUCUGGACAUUAAUACUGUGGAGUAUUUUAUGAAUGCCAGGUGCAGGGGAAGCUUUCAGAAGCUAUGUUGCACUUUCAGACCUGCUCAGGUUCCUUGCCAAAUUUGUUAGUGCCUGUGGCUGAAACCAUCUCAACUCAACCAGCUUACCCUAAUAUUUUUAGGGGAGGCAGAACUUCAUGCUCUCUUCAAUCCCUGGAGGAAAUUAUAAGAAAUCUGAAUUAAAUGGUGGUCCUCAUUUGCUUACCUCUGACCGGAAAAGGCAUGGACAUGAUCCACCUUUAGCCAAGAUGAUCUAAGCUGUGCUCUGGUAGCAGAAAAGGUUUACUUUAUUCAUGGACAUUGUUGGUCUCAUGUGAUACUUGUGAUGAAUUUUUCCAGCCUCCAAGUCACCCAGGCUGGAUAACUACUUGACUCAUGUUGCGCUGGUUUGUGUGGUAAUAAAUACCUUAUUAUUUAAGCCA